AUGCUCAAGAUCGUUUCUGCCGUUGCUAUCAUCGCUGUCUAUGCGGUUCAAGCCAUUCCAUUGAGAACAAGCGAUUGUCCCGGCAAUGUUUGCCACCAAAGGGCUAAUUCUGGGAAUGUGAAUGUUGGAUCGACUACAAACAUCGUCCCAGUAACUCAAGUGAUCCCGGUCACGCGAUAUCAACCCAUAGUCAAGGCGUAUGCACCCAUCGUCCAGUCAGCCUGCCCGGUCCCUCUUGCGGAAGGCAUGGACUUUCAAUCCCUGGGAGGUGGUGAGAUGCCUUCUAUGGAGGGCCCUGCCAUGCGAAUGUUCAAGGGUGAUGAUUUUGGACGUAUGGGCCAUGCGAGCCCUUCGAGCCACGGCUUAAUGAAGCGCAAUAUUGUCAAGAAGGAAGAGAUGAAGGAGGAGAUGAAAGAGGGAGAGAAGAAGGAGAAGGAGAAGGAAACCAAGGUCGAAUGUAUUCCCUCUGCAACUCAGAGUUGUGAGCAGAGUAUCCCUGCUAGCAAUGUGGAUAUGGGUUCAGUUGUCACUGCCAAGCCCAAGAAUGUGAUUCUGCCUUCUACUGUUUAUCAGGGACAUGUAAAGGAUAAAGGACCCGAGAUCAUUGCUGCUUCAGCAGAACAUAGGGUUCUCAGUCAAUCGAACGUGAACUUGGGUUCUGAUACUCGUAUCCAACCUCUGACCAAGGUGAAUCCGUCAACGAUCUAUCAACCUUCGGUUAAAAACAAGGCCACGAUUGUUGAGGCAGCACCAUGUGCGGACCAAAGCUUGGAUCGUUCCUCGGUAUCUAUGGGUUCGAGCGUGUAUAUCCGACCAAGCACGAAGGUGGAGCCUCUGACGGUGUUUGAGCCAAAGAUCAAGUCGCUCCCCUUCAUUAUCUCUGACGAGGGAUGUUACUGA